GCGGUGACGUCAGGGCGUUGGGGCAGCUCCUGUGACAGACGGAGCUGGAGCGGCGGGGCGGCGGCGGAGUCCGGCGGCCGGGAGAGCGAGUGAGCGAGCGGAGGAGCAGCGACACGGGAGUCUAGGGAGCGAGAAGGAGAAGGAGGGGAGCGCUCGGGCGCGAGCAAGAGAAACCGCGAGCGCCGAGCUUGGACUCGAGCCCCGGAACGGCUGAGGAGCCCGCCCGCUCCCCUCCCCUCCCCCUCCCCGGGCCCGGGCCCAGCGCGCCAUCCUCCCCCCCCCUUCCCUCCCUCCCUCCUUCCUCCCUCCCCUCUCCCUCCCCCUCCCCCGCCGGUGGAUGGGAGUGAAGGACGGAAGAGGCCCUGCGGAGGCGGCGGUGCAGCGCUCCGGCUUUCGUGUAGCGGCGUAAUCACCGCAGCUCACUGUAGACUCCAACUCCUGGGCUUAGGUGAUCCUCCCACUUCAGCCUCUGGGUAGCUGGGACGUGGAAUGAAUCUUACUUGUUGAAUAUCUUCUGGUUACUAGUUGGAUUCAUUUGUGAAAGAAUCAUUUUCCCCUGUGUGGAAGACACUUAGUGGCAUAUUUAAAUUAUAAGUCCACGGAUCAAAAAGCUUUUUGAUUUCCCAAAGGAGGGACAUACCACUAUAUCAGAUAAGCUUGACAUUACAGCCAAGAUGGUGCUGUCCCAGAGACAACGAGAUGAACUAAAUCGAGCUAUAGCAGAUUAUCUUCGUUCAAAUGGCUAUGAAGAGGCAUAUUCAGUUUUUAAAAAGGAAGCUGAAUUAGAUAUGAAUGAAGAAUUAGAUAAAAAGUAUGCUGGUCUUUUGGAAAAAAAAUGGACAUCUGUUAUUAGAUUACAAAAGAAGGUUAUGGAAUUAGAAUCAAAGCUAAAUGAAGCAAAAGAAGAAUUUACGUCAGGUGGACCUCUUGGUCAGAAACGAGACCCAAAAGAAUGGAUUCCCCGUCCGCCAGAAAAAUAUGCAUUGAGUGGUCACAGGAGUCCAGUCACUCGAGUCAUUUUCCAUCCUGUGUUCAGUGUUAUGGUCUCUGCUUCAGAGGAUGCUACAAUUAAGGUGUGGGAUUAUGAGACUGGAGAUUUUGAACGAACUCUUAAAGGACAUACAGACUCUGUACAGGACAUUUCAUUCGACCACAGCGGCAAGCUUCUGGCUUCCUGUUCUGCAGAUAUGACCAUUAAACUAUGGGAUUUUCAGGGCUUUGAAUGCAUCAGAACCAUGCACGGCCAUGACCACAAUGUUUCUUCAGUAGCCAUCAUGCCCAAUGGAGAUCAUAUAGUGUCUGCCUCAAGGGAUAAAACUAUAAAAAUGUGGGAAGUGCAAACUGGCUACUGUGUGAAGACAUUCACAGGACACAGAGAAUGGGUACGUAUGGUACGACCAAAUCAAGAUGGCACUCUGAUAGCCAGCUGUUCCAAUGACCAGACUGUGCGUGUAUGGGUCGUAGCAACAAAGGAAUGCAAGGCUGAGCUCCGAGAGCAUGAGCAUGUGGUAGAAUGCAUUUCCUGGGCUCCAGAAAGCUCAUAUUCCUCCAUCUCUGAAGCAACAGGAUCUGAGACUAAAAAAAGUGGUAAACCUGGGCCAUUCUUGCUGUCUGGAUCCAGAGACAAGACUAUUAAGAUGUGGGAUGUCAGUACUGGCAUGUGCCUUAUGACCCUCGUGGGUCAUGAUAACUGGGUACGUGGAGUUCUGUUCCAUUCUGGGGGGAAGUUUAUUUUGAGUUGUGCUGAUGACAAGACCCUACGUGUAUGGGAUUACAAGAACAAGCGAUGCAUGAAGACCCUCAAUGCGCAUGAACACUUUGUUACCUCCUUGGAUUUCCACAAGACGGCACCCUAUGUCGUCACUGGCAGCGUAGAUCAAACAGUAAAAGUGUGGGAGUGCCGUUGAUUGCGUCUCCUUCAGCCCCUCCUCCCUCUUUUCCUCUGGAUGCACUCUGAUGAUACCAUGGUUACCCCAUUGAGCUCUGUUUAAAUAAAUAUUGUCCUUUCAUGUAAAUUA